UUGAGAUUUAUUGACAUCAGAAAUUAUAUAGCGGGUGGGACAUUAGACCAAUUCACUCAAGAUUUCGGAAAUAAUAAAUCACGUGUUAAAUCCUUUUUCCCUUAUCAAUUCAUCACAUGGGAGAAUUACGAAGAAGAAUUAUAUAAAGUGGAACCAUUCACUCAAGAUUCAUUUUAUUCAGCAUUAACCCAAGAAACUAUAUCAGAUAGUGAUUAUCAAAUAUAUCUCAAUGAUGCUAAAAACUUUAAGAAUAGAUUAGAAUAUUUUAUUCAUUAUUGCAAUAAAGAUGUUGAAAUUAUGAUUGACCCAAUUGAUAAAAUUAUUGAAGAAACAUUUGUUUAUAAAAUUGACACGCUUCAUAAUCUUUCUUUAUCAUCGAAUGCUUCAAUGAUUCGUUACGCUUUAGCAUAUAAAGACUUUAAUCCUAAUGAAAAAUAUCCUGAGGAAGAGAUAGAAUCAAGUUUUGAAUUAACGAAAAAGUAUUGGAAAUAUAAAAUUGAAUCAUAUAAGAAACAAGAUGAAAAAGCAGAAAGGGAUACUAAAAAUAAUGUUUCAAUGGAUGAUUUUCAAUACUAUCACGAUUUAAUCCUUUCAUCUAAAUGCAAAAUGUGUGGUAAAGCGUUUACAUAUGGAAAUAAACCAACAUUGGAUAGAAUCGAUAAUGAAAAACCACAUACCAAAGAAAAUUGUCAGUUAAUGUGUUGUUAUUGCAAUGUCGUGAAAUCAAAUAAAGAUGAAGAUGUUCAACGUUUAAGAAUCAAUUUAAGAAAUUAUGCAUUAAAAAAUAAUUUACCAAUGACUUUAGAUUCAGUUGAAGCUUAUCACAUUCUCCGUAAUGGAAUUACUGGUGGUUUAUCAAAUGUUCAACAUAGAGUAAAUCUUAAAGGAAUCACGCACAUUAAUAAACUUGCAUAUAAUCCAGAAACUAAAACUGUAUCAAAUGAGGACACCACCAACAUUAUGACUCAUUUCGUUGGUGUUGAUUUUAAUUCAUUAUAUCCUUCAUCAUUUUCAUCUAAUCCUCAUGAUUUCAUUCAAUAUACUGACCAUAAAAUGUAUAUGCCGGGAAGAUUGAAUGGUGUUAUCAUUUGUGAUACAGCAACAAAGAAAGCAAAAGCACUGGGAAUAAUUAAGAAGAAAAAUACUUUAUUCGUGGCUGAAGUAAAGGGUCACAUUGAUGAAAAAUACAUUAAUGAUUACAUAAACUUUUUACCGAUAAUAAGAAACUUAGAUAUUAUCACAGAUGAAAAAACAAUUGGCAGUUUUAUGUAUAAUUACAUGAAAUCAAACAAUCUACCAGUUGACCAGAAACAGAGAAAAUUAACUCAGUUAGCAUCAACACACAACCAAUAUCAACCAUUUUCUUCUUAUUAUCUUUGGUAUCUAAUCGACAGAUUUCAUUUUAUCAUUGAUGACAUUCAAUCAAUUUUAACAUUUACGAAAAACACUUGUUUUAAUGAAUUUGCGAACGAAUUUAUGAACGAAAGA